AUGCAGCUUCGUGGUAGACGUCGGAGCGCUAUUGUUGCCUCGUCAUCUACUGGCUCAUCUUCACUGACCCUUUCAGCCUUCCGGAUCUCUGGACUGGAGCGUGAUUCGAAAGCGCAACUUAUCCGGAGAAACAUGGAAUACUACGAGACCGCAGAGUACCGGUACACGGGACCUCAUGUGGACUCUUCCUCCUCCACCUUUACGACACUGGUGAGGGAGAAUGUUCGAGCGGGCAAGAUCACCGCUAAGACUCUGGUAGAAGAUGCUGAUACACAAUCAACAGCGUAA